UUCAAAGAACACACCUGUUCGAGGCUCUACAUGGAUGUCUUUAUCAGGAUCUGAGUAGAAUCAACUGACUUUGGAAACAACAUUUUUUCUUUUACAUCAAACGGACUCAUCCUGUCCAGUCAUGAUUGGCGUGGACUUACGGGCGCUCACCCAGCCUGUGGGCAUAAUGCGAAUAAUAGCGACCAUCCUCACCUGUAUGUCUUUUAGCCUGGUGGCAACAGUGGGCCACGUCUCAUCUCCCUACUGGGCGUGGUGCAUGUUCACCUGGUGCUUCUGCUUCUUCUUCACCCUUCUUAUUCUCAUCCUGGAGUUCACAACUGUCAAUACCAAACUACCUUUCGCCUGGGAUGACUUCACCACUGCCCUUGCCAUGCUGGCGAGCCUCAUGUGCCUCUCUGCCUCCAUAAUGUACCCCGUCUUUUUCACCUGCAGUACCUGCCACCGCCAGAUCGGUGCCUCCGUGGUGUCCUGGGUCUGCUUCGGGGUUUACGCAGCCGAGGUGGCUUUAACUCGCCUUCGUCCGAGUGGGCAGAACAGCGGGUUCCUCUCCUCGUUGCCCGGCAUCAUGAAGAUGCUGGAGGCGUUCCUCGCCUGUCUCAUCUUCACGUCCCUGGAGAAUAGCCAGUUCUCCGGCUCCCCAGAACUGCAGUGGUGCGUGGCUGUGUACUGCUUGUGCUUCAUCUUCGCCAUCCUCAUCAUCCUGCUCUCUACUGGACGGCUGACCUCUUUUUUUCCAUUCCCCUUUGACAAGCUUGUGAUCGUCUAUAACAUUUUGGCAGCAGUGAUGUAUAUGACAGCCAUGGUGAUCUGGCCACUGUAUAGUUUCCGCGCCAAUAAGAGACCCAGUUCCUGUGGCCACCUCUGUCCCUGGGACAAACUGGUGGUGGUCACCUUCAUGACGAUCUUCAACGUCAUUAUUUACACCCUGGACACUGCCUACUCUAUACGCCUUGUGUUCUGUGUUAGUGACCAGUGAGCUGCUGCUUAUCAAAACUAACAUGAACUGAGAACAAUUUGAGUCCUGGGUUUGAAUUAUUGGGAAGAGAUACUCUUGCCCAGAGCCAUUGUGAAAACAUUCAUUUUGUUGAUGCUGAAUGCAAAAAAAAAUAUAUAUAUAUAUAUCUUGUUCUAACACUGUUCACCAAGUGUUCACAAAGAUGAGUGAAUAAUAAAAUGUUGGAGCCCAGUACCCUAUUGAAAAAGUAGUAGAGUUAGUUAAUGAUUAAAACUGUAGUAUCACUGUUGUAAAAAUUAAAAAAUAGCCUGGUAGAACUUUGGAUCCUGAUACACAAAGAGUAUUCAAACAGUGGAGGUAAUAAUACUGAGCUCACACUUCAGUUUAUUAUAGUGUCAUAGUCAAAUCAUGUGUUUUCACUUUCAUGCUCGUCCUCUGGUCAUUUGGGGAUGCAGCAACUUGCUGAUUUAAGGUGUAGUUUGACAUUUUGGGUAAUAUUCAUAUUAAAUUAGAUACCACUCUCAUAUCUGUACAGUAAAUAAGUCAGGAAGUUACUGCACCUGGCCAAGAAAUAGUCUGAGCUCAGCAUUGCUGGCGGAUGAUGUUACCUUCUUCAGAGCCAGGCUGUAGCUGUUAGUCUUUACACCUAACUAUGCAAACCGGCAGUGGGUGGUAGCUUUGUACUUAUAAAAACAUAAGACUGGUAUUGAUUUUCUUUUCUAAACACCGUCUUGUGGGGUUUUUUGCAAUAAAGUAAUUGCCAACUGAUACAGAACUGAUCAAUGUAUGUGAAUGUAUGAACACUGACAGGCAAGCAGAGCAUCCAAUGAAAGAUAAGAUGGGAAGAGAAGGAACAAGAGAGAGAAACACAAGGACAGAAGAAUUUAUAAGAUAGAAGCUGAGACAGUGAGAGAUUUCCAGACUUUGGAAGCAUGUGUGGGAAAAGUGAAAAAGAAAAUCCUUUAAUCAACAGGCAGCUGCAGCAUAUGGAGUUGGAUUUGUUGCAAGGUGUUAUCUUUCUUUUUUAGCUUCUUUUCUUCCUCCGUGAUGUGGCAGACAGGGAUGGAGAUCUAAAAAAAAAAAAAAAAAAAAAAAAAAAAAGUGUGACGUUAAUUCAUUCUUUUUUCUAACUAAUUGGAACCGUAAAGGGACGUCACCCAAAUCUCACUUGUAAUCCCGCAGCUAUUGUGCUCCCUGGCACACCAAUCUGUGUGAGUGAACUCAAGUCAAAAGGAGCAACUGAAGCGUGGAAAUUCUGCUUUUCUUCUCAUGUCAGUCUGUCAGAAAGACAGUGCACGUUUAGGUCAGUAGUCUAGAUCUGUCAGACAUGUUGGCAAAGUGCAGACAGCAGAGUCUGCUUUGAUUUGGAGAACAGAAGGGACAAAAAUGCACUACACCAGCGAUUCUCAAAGUGGGGGAUGUGGCAGUAAAUGGCCCGCUAAAUAAUUAGCUUCACAUUAUUAAAUUGCGCUGUAUCAUUAAGAAAAUGCAAUUCACAGAUGGGGACCAUUUGCGUCAAUAAAACAAGCCUAUUGUGUCCAUUACGUUAGCUUUGAGCCAAUAGACAUGUUGAUAAUUGUGACAAGCAGCAAUACGAAAUUAGUGAGAGUCGGCUUUAGACUGUUCAGUUUAAGGAUCUGGAUUUAUUAGGACUAUGUCACUACCGUUUAUUUUCUGAAAGCUUUUAAGAUUAAUUAUUGAAAUGUUGGCUAUAAAUGCUGUAAAGAUGAGUCCAAAUGUUUAAAAGGUAUAUAAGUGGUAUUAGCAUGCAAUAACAUUGCAAAUUGACCCGCUGUGAGACUAAUAAAAGGAUCAUCUAAUUUUAUCUUAA